AUGGUUCAUUUAAAGUAUCCAAUGGCAACGCUGGUGACGCGGAUGCACCAGGCACAGCCCGGAAGACAGUCUUUGGUUCUCUUCACUGUUCAAGCCAAUGGGCCGAGCAUGAAUGGCCGCAAGGAUGACCUGGUGGCCUUCGAGGACGUGGCUGUGUACUUCUCCCAGGAGGAGUGGGGACUCCUCGACAUGGCCCAAAGAGCCCUGUACCGCCACGUGAUGCUGGAGAACUUCACACUCAUGGCCUCGUUGGGGCUCACGGCCUCCCGACCCCAAAUGAUUGUCCAGCUUGAGGGUGGUGAAGAGCCCUGGGUUACCAACAGGAUGGAUUUGGCCUCAGUCACAGCAAAGAAAGUCCAAAGGAGGCCCAGCUCUGGUGCCCAGUGCCCAGUCGAUGAUGGGGAUAUUUCUGGAGAAGUGGCAUUGCUGGGAACCGUCCUGGAAAACACUGCUCUGAAUUCGCCUUCACUUCCCAUAGGCCUUCCCUCUCCUGGCGCCUGUGACUCGGGGGAAGGCCUGGAGGGACAGCAUGAUGCCUUUCCGUCCGGGGAGAGGAAAUCCACUGGGGUGUCUGUGAUCUACUGGGAGAGGCUCCUACCAGGCUCCAGUAGCGUAGAGGGGGAGGCGAGCAUUAGCCUACGACUGACUGCCCCACUGUGGGCUGCAGAGGGCAGCCUGCCCAGGGGGAGGGUCCUAACCAGCCGCCUCGUGCCAGGGAAGCAGAUGAAGCCCUAUAUGGGGGAGACACCCCGGAGAGCCUUCCCACGUUUCCCCGUCCACGCUGGAGGCGAGCUUCCCCUGUGCAGGGAGGACACACUAGCGAUUCUGAGCAGUGCCCCUCAGAUACUCCCCACUGGUCAUGAGCCCCCUGCCGGGGACAAGCUAGGUGAGGCCGUCCACACUGGUGCCGGCCUCUUUCCAGGGGACAAGCCCUUAGAAUGCAGAGCAUGCAGCAAGGUGUUCCUCAAGAGCUCUGAUCUGCUCAAGCACCUGCGCACUCACACCGGGGAGCGGCCUUAUGAAUGCGGCGUGUGCGGCAAGGCCUUCAGCCAGACUUCGCACCUGACGCAGCACCAGCGCAUCCACAGCGGGGAGACGCCCUACGCGUGCCUGGCCUGUGGCAAGGCCUUCCGGCACAGCUCCUCGCUGGUGCGUCACCAGCGCAUCCACACGGCCGAGAAGGCCUUCCGCUGCGGCGAGUGUGGCAAGGCCUUCAGUCACGGUUCCAACCUCAGCCAGCAUCGCAAGAUCCACGCGGGCGGCCGGCCCUACGCCUGCGCACAGUGCGGCCGCCGCUUCUGCCGCAACUCACAUCUGAUCCAGCACGAACGCACGCACACGGGCGAGAAGCCGUACGCCUGCGCGCUGUGCGGCGCCGCCUUCAGCCAGGGCUCUUCGCUCUUCAAGCACCAGCGCGUGCACACCGGCGAGAAGCCGUUCACCUGCCCGCAGUGUGGGCGCGCCUUCAGUCACAGCUCCAACCUCACGCAGCACCAGCUACUGCACACCGGCGAGCGGCCCUUCCGCUGCGGGGACUGCGGCAAGGCUUUCGCCAAAGGUGCGGUGCUUCUCAGUCACCAGCGCAUUCACACGGGUGAGAAGCCUUUCGUGUGUCCCCAGUGCGGCCGAGCCUUCCGCGAGCGCCCAGCCCUCUUCCACCACCAGAGAAUCCACACCGGUGAGAAAGGCGGACAGAGGCCCAGGGCGACUGUGAGUCGGCCAACGCAGCCUAAGGCUCUUCCUGCGACACCAUCAGCGGGUGUAGGGAGGGAAGCUGACCGCACUGCCCUUGCAGGUCGAAUGCCCAUGGAGGCCUGA